AUGGAGCAGGAGAAGGUGGCAAAGCAAUCUUCUCCCUGCUCAAGCUAUAUUUUUAUGUUUAAUUUAUUUCGCUGCCUGGUGGUGGUGGUUGACGGGAAGCUGAAAGUCCCGAGUGGAAGCGUGGUGUAUUUCCCGGAAAGGAAAUUCAGGCGGCUAAUAAGAGGGAAAGUCCAGUCCGAGCCGGAAACAAGCUCGGAAUUGAGCGACGAGGGUUCUGAAGAACUACGGCGGACGUUAAUGUUUCAUGUACAGCGAAGAAAGGACUCAAAAGCAGGGCAGGCAGGCCAAGAGAAGGAGGGGGGAUUGGAAUGUGAAGAGAUCCAGGCAGCAAGGAAGGGGAAGGGAAGCAGGGAGUGGGGAUAG